AUGCCGGAGCCUGUCUGUGCCAGAGUCAGUCUUCGUAAUGCCAACUGCGCCGAAGCCGGCCCUGUUAGUGCCAACUGUGCUAGAGCCUGUCUUGGUAAUGCUUACCGUGCCCCAACUGGUUUUGGUAAUGCUAACCAUGCCACAACUGGUCUUGGUAAUGCUAACUGUGCUGCAGCCAAGUUUGGUAAAGCUAACUGUGCUGGAGCCGGUCUUUGUAAUGCUAACUGCACUGGAGCUAGUCUUUUUAAUGCUAAUUGCGUUGGAGCUGGUCUUGGCAAUGGCAACUCUGGUAAUGCUAACUGUGCUGGAGUUGGUUUUUGUAAUGCUAACUGUGCUGGAGUCCAUCUUUGUAAUUCUAACUGUGCUGGAGCUUUUCUUGGUAAUGCUAACUGCACUAGAGCUGGGCUUGGUAAUGCCAACCAUGCUGGAGCUGGUCUUGGUAAUGCCAGAUGCGCCAAAGUCGGUUUUGGUAAUGCUAACUGUGCCAUAUCCGGUCUUGCUAAUGCCAGCCACGCCAUAGCUGGUCUUGGUAGUACCAACUGCGCCAGGCCCAGUCUUGAUAGUGCCAACCGUGUUGGGCCCAGUCUUGGUAGUGCCAGCCAUGUUGGGCCUGGUGUUGCUAGUGCCAGCUGCACUAGGCCCUGUGUUUCUAGUGCCAACCACGCUGGGCCCUGUGUUGCUCGUGCUGGCUACGCCUGGCCUGAUGUUACUUGUGCCAGUCGCGCCGGGCCUGGUGUUGCUGGUGCCAGUUGCGCCGGGCCCACUGUUGCUAGUGCCAGCUGGGCUGAGCCCGGUGUUGCUAGUGCCAGUCACACUGGGCUCGGUGUUGCUAGUGCCAGUCACACUGGGCUCGGUGUUGCUAGUGCCAGUCACACUGGGCUCGGUGUUGCUAGUGCCAGUCACACUGGGCUCGGUGUUGCUAGUGCCAGUCACACUGGGCUCGGUGUUGCUAGUGCCAGUCAAGCCAGGCCUGGUGUUGGUAGUGCCAUGCGCCCCGGGCUCGGUGUUGAUAAUGUCAAUCACACUAGACCCAGACCUGGUGGUGUUAACUGCACUAGACCCAGUCUUGGUAAUGCUAACCGCACUAGACCCAGUAUUGGUAAUGCCAACUGCACUAGGCCCAGUGUUGGUAAUGCCAACCGCACUAUGCUCAGUAUUGGUAAUGCCAACAGCAGUAGACCCAGUCUUGGUAAUGCCAACCAUACUAGACCUAGUCUUGGUAGUGCUAACCACACUAGACCCAGUCCUGGUGGUGUUAACAGCACAGUCCUGAUUCAUGAAGGCAAAGGAAGACGAAGAUCUAGCAUGAAGAACAACUAA